AGUUUUUGUUGGAUUUGCUGCAGUGGAGGGAGACUAUGCAAAGUUUCAAGUGACAUUGUCAUCUACAAGCAAUAGUAUGUUGUGCUGACAAAGAGUAGUUUGUUACUUUUUUUAUAAUAAGAAAUAAGGACUUUUACUUAAAUUUACAGCAAAAAUGUGUGUUCAACCAUUCUUUAAACAAAAUAUUAAAUAGCAUUUUUAUUAAAUUAAAAAAUGAAACUAUUAUUAAAAGUAAAAGUCUUUGAUGAAAAAAUUAAGUUUAAUAAUUCACUUUCUAUUUGUCUCACAGCUAUGGUUCUCUUUGCUGAUGACCUUGACGUAACAAAUGAUUUCUACGCUCAAGACAAUUACAGCUCUUCAACAGGAUACAUGAACAUCAGACGUGAAAACAGAAACAAUGUGACAACUGUUGUAGCAGUGUUUCCCUGGGGUAAAGCAGGUGAUGACUAUUUAUGAGCUACUUUUAUUUUGAAAUUUAUAUUUAUUGUUAAUUUGUAGCAUCAGCUUUAAAAAACAUAACAUUUAUUUAUAAUAUUUAACACUAUUUAACACUAUUUAGUUAAUUUUUACUUUAUUUUUAUCUACAGCAAAUACAUUUUAUCUAUAUUACUUUCCAGAAGUGAAAUAAGUUGUUUUAAUUAGUAUUUUACAAUAAAAUAGUCAAUUGAAAAUUCCUUUGGUAUGAUAAAAUAAUAUUAAGUCAUAUAAAAAAAUGUAGGUUUGUUUUUUUUAUGGAUAAGCUUCAGUCAAAUAUAAGAAAAAGACUUACAUGCCUUAUCCAUAAGACUAUAAAUUUGUCAAAUCUAUUUCUUUUCAUUAUUUACCUAAAACACUAAGUGUUUGUUAUUUAAUUUUUUACUGGUGAUUCAUUUCUUAUGGAUUUUUUUUUCUCAUCAGAAACUUAAUUCUCAUUUAACACACUUUAAGUGGAUGAACAGAGUAUAGGCAUUAUUCUAGCAAAUGUUUGCAUUUAUUUCGUUAAAUUUUACCUCACAGACUAGGAUGAUUUGAUAUUUAUUUUUUAAAUCGUUUUACCUCCAUUUAUUUAAAUCUAAGUUUAGACUAUCAUUAUUUAAUCUCUGAACAUCCCAGGUGUAUCCAUCAAAGAUAGUUUGGGUGUAAAAAGUUUGAAGCUGGAAAUGGAAGUGGACAAAUCCCUACAGGACA